AUGGAUCGUCCAACGUUGUUAUCUCUCGCAUCGGUGUCCGCUGUGAACGUAUCGGACGACAACUGGAUGUGGAACUUUGCUGUUUGCGAUACCCCAGCAGAUGCUGUCGUUGUUGUGGUUGUUGGAGUUGCUCGGGAUGCAGUAGUAGACGAUGCCGUUGUCAAGCUUUGUGUAGUUGGACAACAUCGUUCCGGAGAUGAUGCCGGUAACACUGGUGACGAUGAGGCAUUUAUCGUUACAGGUACCGGAGCCUAA